CAGUCUUCCCUUCCUCAAAGUUCAUAGCCGAUCCUCAUUUCACUUCUUACCUUGAAAUUUUUCAUAAUGAGCCACAAAGUUGCUAGUACUAGUCCUCGAAAUGUUGCCGUCUUAGUUUUUCCAUUCACCUCCCAUCCCACCGCUCUUCUUCGAUUUGUACGUUCCCUUUCAACUGUUGCCCCGGAUAUGCAGUUCAGCUUCUUCAACAUUUCUAGAUCAAAUAGCUCCCUCUUCUCAGGUUCCGGCAACAAGGGCUGUGAUAAUAUAAAGCCUUACAACGUAUGGGAUGGCUUACCAGAUGGUUACAUACCUCUCUCCAGAAAUCCACAACGGGAGCACGUUGAGUUGUUUAUUGACAAUGCACCUCGGAUCUUCGAGAGGGCAAUCAAAGAGGUGGAGGCUGAAACAGGACACAAGUUUGGCUGCUUGAUUUCGGAUGCAUUAUUCUGGUUUGCUGCAGACAUAGCCGAGAAAAUGCACGUCCCUUGGGUGACCUCAUGGAUUGGUGAUAUACGCUCACUUUUUGUUCAUAUCGAGACUGAUAUAAUUAGAGAUAAAGUGGGAGCUCCUGGACAAGACAACAAAACCCUGGAAUUCCUUUCGGGAUUCUCCGAUGAGUUUCAAGCGUCUGACUUACCCAAGGAGAUUGUAUUUGGAGAUAUAGAAUCGCCAUUUGCAAGAAUGUUGCAUAAAAUGGGACAGAAGCUGCCACAAGCAGCUGCAGUUGCCGUCAACUCUUUUGAAACAAUGGACUUGAAAGUUACUGAGGAACUGAAGAAAAGACUCCAAAAGUUGAUCCUUGUUGGUCCACUACAUCUUGUCCGGCCACUACAAUCAGUAGUAUCAGAUGAUGAGGAUCAGCAGCAGGAGGAGGAUGUAUGCUUACAAUGGCUGGACGACCACGAGCCUGCGUCGGUAGCAUACAUCAGCUUUGGAAGCCUGGGGGCACUACCCCCCAUGGAGGUAGUAGCAUUAGCUGAAGCUUUAGAGGAAGGUGGAUUCCCCUUUCUUUGGUCAUUUAGGGGAAACCUGGAAGACUUUCCACAAGAAUUUAUCGAAAGAACAAAUAAGUUAUCGAUAGGAAAAAUAGUUUCAUGGGUGAAUCAAGAGCAAAUCCUAAAUCAUACCUCGAUAGGAGUGCACGUAACACAUAGUGGUUGGAACUCGAUUUUGGAGAGUGUAAGUUGUUGUGUUCCUAUGAUUGGGAGGCCUGGUUUUGCUGAUCAACACAUAAAUAUGCGGAGCGUAGAAGUGGUAUGGCAAAUUGGUGUGAGAAUUGAGGGAGGCGUUUUCACUAAAACAGGAGCAGUCAAGGCACUGGAACAAGUCUUAUUUCUUGAACAAGGAAAAGAGAUGAGACAGAGAAUUGGAGUCCUUAAACAGCUUGCUCAAGAGGCUGUAGGACCCAAUGGGAGGUCAGCUCAAAACUUGAGAGCUUUGGUAGAGAUCAUCAAAGCUUGAUGACCAAGUGAACUAAGUUUAAUUCUCAUUGAUCUGUAUCCCUCCUAUAUAUGUCUUGGUCUUCAGGUGGGUGAAAGAUUAACAAGAAUAUCAUGACAUAGCUGGUUCAUGACCUAAAAUCAUAAGAACGGUGAAUUAGCAGGUAUUCUUAAUUUUUGUUUUAGAUGAUUUCUUUUGUUUUGGCAUUGGUUGUGGUGCUUCCUUGUCUAUUGGCGUUUACUUGUUUUUGUGAA